UGUUGUGAAUUUGUUGCUGAAGUGAAGAAGAAGAAGAAAAGAGUGUAGAGAGCUUUAUAUAGGAAGGAACAAAAUACAACACUUGUGCGCAAACUUUCACAGUGUCCGACGAUCUCCAAGCCCAAAUAUCAAAGUUCCUCUCUUUUUUUUUUCUUCUUCUUCUUUCUCAUUCUCUCUCUCUUUCUCUCUCCCUAAAAUUCGUAGCUUUAUUGCAUUUUGCUUCUGCAUUCGGCUUUGGAUUUCAUAAAGUGUUAAGAUUUAAGAGUGUCUCUCACUCAAUCUCUCUGUGUUAAGAGCUUUUAACCCGCAAGGAACAGAGAGAGUUUCUUUUUUCCUAAAAAAAAAAAAAGAGUUUUUAAUGCGAAAUCGUUUUCUAGGUUUGAUCUGCAGAUCCUGGUGCCCUAAUUUACCGCUGCUGUUACGGUCUCUUCCUUCCCUUGCCGUCAUUUGACUGACCUUUUCAAUGGUGGAGUUCUAUAUCUGAAUCUCUUUGGCAAAAAGAGUAAAAGCAAUCGAAUUUACCGACCUGCGAGUGUUUUAUAUUGAAGGCCAAGUGCGUUACUACUGUGUCGCAUAAAGUUUGAAUUUGAAACUUCGUGGAGGGUGAGAGAGAGAUAUGCUGACAUGCAUAGCUUGUUCGAAGCAGCUAAGCACCAACAAUGGUGGAUCUAAGAGACAAGAGGAAGAUGAAGAUGAAGAAGACAGAGUUAUUGGAACGCCCAGGUCUAAGCAACCUAUUAAGUCCCUGACGUCACAGAUAAAAGACAUGGCAGUAAAAGCAUCAGGUGCUUAUAAAAGCUGCAAACCGUGUUCAGGGUCGUCAAACCAGAAUAAGAACCGAAGCUACGCUGAUUCGGAUGCUGCUUCAAAUUCUGGGAGGUUUCGUUAUGCUUACAAGAGAGCAGGGAGUGGAAGCUCAACACCGAAAAUUUUGGGCAAGGAAAUGGAGUCAAGGUUGAAAGGGUUUGUGAGUGGAGAAGGAACACCUGAAUCCAUGAGUGGUAGGACAGAGUCCACAGUGUUCAUGGAGGAAGAAGAUGAGCUUAAGGAAUGGGUUGCUCAAGUAGAGCCUGGUGUCCUCAUCACAUUUGUAUCAUUGCCUGAGGGAGGGAAUGAUAUGAAGCGGAUUCGGUUCAGCCGUGAAAUGUUUGAUAAAUGGCAAGCUCAAAAGUGGUGGGCGGAGAAUUUCGACAAGGUCAUGGAAUUAUACAAUGUGCAGCAGUUCAAUCAGCAGAGCGUCCCACUUCCAACUCCUCCUAGAUCAGAAGAUGAGAGCUCACGAAUUCCAUCUAGCAAGAAUGGUCCUGCAACUCCACCUCUGAACAAAGAAAGCUCUCGAGGAAAAGGGUACGCUUCUUCUGACUCACUCACUCACCAACCAACAGCCCAAACACGAAAUGGACACCAAGAUUCAUCUGGUCUUGCUACAACACCAAAACUGUCUAGCAUAAGUGGGACCAAAACAGAGACAUCAUCGGUUGAUGAGUCUGCAAGAAGUAGCUCGUCAAGGGAAGAAGAAGAAGGAGAAGAAGCAGAUCAUUCAGGGGAGCUCUCUGUAAGUAAUGCAAGUGACAUUGAAACUGAAUGGGUUGAACAGGACGAAGCCGGUGUUUACAUCACAAUCAGAGCUUUACCAGAUGGGACUCGGGAGCUUAGACGGGUUCGCUUCAGCCGAGAGAAGUUUGGGGAAACGAAUGCAAGAUUGUGGUGGGAGCAGAACAGAGCUCGCAUACAACAACAAUACUUGUGAUGAAGAUGGGAUGAUCUCUAGAGGAACUUGGACACAUCAAAACAAAACACUUCUCUUUUUGUAUGUUUUACUCGGAUAAAAAAAAAAGCUACAGAUUGAUGGAAAUAACUUGGGUUUCAGAUGCUGCAUGUACCUUUUAGUUGGUGGUUGUUAGUAGAUCUCUUUCUCUUCUUCUUUACAUUUACAUCUCUAUACAGAGGUAUCAGUUUUACUCCUUCAGUGGAUUUUUUUUUCUUGGUGUUACUAGUAAGGGUAUGUAUAUAAUAGACCAAUUCUAGGAAAAUUCAUACUAUUUCAAUGGCCAUCUUUCCAUUUAUUUAUGACAA